AUGUCAUCCACAUCAAAACCGUGGGCGUUGAUCGUCGGGGCGGGGCCCUCAGGCCUGCUGCUCGGGCUCAUGCUCGCGAAGAAAGGCAUCCCCGUCCACCUCAUCGACAUGUCCGUCAAACUCGACGAGCAGCCGCGGGCCACACACUACGGCUCCCCGGCGAUGUACGAGCUGCGACGGGCGGGCAUCGUCGACGACCUGCGUGCCCAGGGAUUCCACCCGGACUCGGUGUGCUGGCGCAAGCUGGACGGCACGUACCUGGCGGGCGUCAAGAUGGGCGUCGAGGAGGACCCGGACCGCAUGGUCUGUCUGCCGCUGAACCGGCUAGGCAAGAUCCUCAUGGACCACAUUGGCCGUCAGCCCUCGGCGACGGUGUCGUGGGGCCACAAGGUGGUCUCGAUCGGCCAGGACGACCAGAAGGCCUGGGUCAUCUGCGAGACCCCCGAGGGCGAGAAGCGGCUCGAGGCCGAGUACGUCAUCGGCUGCGACGGCGCGAACAGCCAGGUGCGGCGGUCCUUGUUCGGGGAUAAAGAGUUCCCCGGCAAAACGUGGGACGAGCAGAUUGUGGCGACCAAUGCUGAUGAUGACAAUGGCAAGACAUACUACGACUUCUCUAAGUUCGGCUGGCUCGACUCGAACUUCAUCAUCCACCCGGAGCACUGGUACAUGGCCGCGAAGAUCGGCAAGGACGGCCUGUACCGCGUCACAUACGGGGAGAAACCGGGCCUAACCAACGAACAGCUGCGGGAGAGACAGCCGUGGAAGUUCGAGACGAUGCUGCCUGGACACCCCAAGCCCGACGAAUAUCGGGUCGUCAAUUUCAGUCCGUACCGCAUCCACCAGCGACUCGCACCGAGUAUGCGCGUCGGACGGUUCUGUCUCGCUGCAGAUGCGGCACACUUGUGUAACCCCUUCGGCGGAAUGGGGUUGACCGGCGGCAUCGUCGACAUCGGCGGCCUGUACGACUGCCUGGUGGGCAUCUACGAGGGGCUCGCGGACGAGUCGAUCCUGGACAAGUACUCGGAAGUCCGGCGGCAGAAGUACAACGAGGUCGUGGACCCGAUCUCGAGCGCGAACAUCGUCCGCCUGUUCGGCCAGGAUCCGGACAAGGCGCUGGAGAACGACGACUUCCUAAAAAUGUGCCUGCGCACCGAGACCGACGAGGAGUUUGCGAGGCAGUUCCGGUACGGUGCAAAUGUGCUGAAGCAUGAUUUCACACAGUACUAUAAGAAGAACGCGACGAAUGGGGACGCGAAGGGCGGCGCGAAUGGUCAUGUGGACCUUGGUAAGGAUGUGGCCAGUGCAGCACAGGUGACGGCGGCAGCGGUGACGGAUUGA